AUGGCCACGUCAACGGCUUUAAAACACCAACCUUCUUUGUCCUCAACACAAUCCACCACCAACACUAAAUUUUCCUGCGACCCGCACGUAUUGUACAUACUCCAAGGCAUAGUCCGUGACUUGCAGUUUCUAUGCGACGGUGGCUAUAUCACCCGCAUAGCUCUCGAUGAGAUAAUAGACAAACUGCCAAAACCCGUAACUCACUUCAUUCCCAAUAAUACACCAGCCGCAUCCCCUUCUCCGUCUCCAGUAGGUAUGCAUAACAUUCCAACAGAAAUCAAUACGCAAGUACCAGUUUCGAGGGCAAGCGUCAAUUCGACAUCAAAUACGGAUUCGCAGACCGAUUCUCCAUUAAUGAAAGAUGAUGAUUUUUACGAUGUGGACGAGGAAAUUAUGAAGAGAAAUGUAAGUGGGAGAUAUGAGGAUGAGUCGGCAAUUGCAUACGGAAGUACUGGAGAGGAAGCAAGUUUUGUGGACGGGAGGAUGGAAUAUAUGAGAGAAGCGGAAGAGAGUGCGUCUAGCCCUACAGAAACUUAUGCCCCGUCACGUACUACGGCAAUUUCUAGCUUGGCGUUGCCUCCUCCAGCAGGUGAUACGCCAAUGCCACAACGUGGACAGUCGCAAAACGGACAAGUUCAACCGCAUUCGCAACAACCAAGAUCAAGGAGAGCAUCAUCAGUAGCCGCACCGGCUUAUUUAGCUAUCGUCGAGGCAUUAUGGGAAUUUGCUGCAGAUGAUGACGGUGAUCUGACAUUCAGAAAAGGAGACGUAUUGGAAAUCAACGAAUUCGUUAACUCUGAUUGGUGGCGAGGUCGCUGUCUACGGACAGGAAAGAUGGGAAUCUUUCCAAGGGUAUACGCCAGAAUAUUACACAUGAACCAGCCGGGUUCGUCGUUCCAUCAGACAUCGAAUGCAUAUUACACAACAAGACCACAAGCCCAACAACCAUCGGCAUAUUCAUCACCACAAAAUGUUCAAGUGUAA